GCUGCAUCAGAGGAAAAGGCACCGCAAAGAACAGGCCACUGUGUGAGCACUGUGAGUGUGUAUAUUUUGCAACCCCGCGCGCGUGACGAGUCCAGCGAUGUCCUCCGACACCGAGAACAUCCGCGUCGUGGUUCGGUGUCGUCCGCUGAGUGAGAAAGAAAAGGCUGCCGGCUGCCAGAACAUUGUCACCGUUGACAGCGUCCAGGGCACGCUCCUGGUGGCCAACCCCCCCGGGUCUCACGGCGAUGCUCCUCCAAAGAUGUUCACCUUUGACACGGUCUUUGACGCCGACUCGAAGCAGAUGGACGUCUACAACCAGGCUGCAAGACCAAUUGUUGAAAACGUUCUCGAAGGAUACAAUGGUACCAUAUUCGCCUAUGGGCAAACUGGCACCGGCAAGACGUACACCAUGGCCGGAGAUCGGUCUGUGCCGGAGCUGAAGGGCAUCAUUCCAAACACAUUCGCUCACAUUUUUGGCCAUAUCGCCAAGGCUGGCGACGACAAAAAGUUCCUCGUGAGGGCCUCUUACCUGGAGAUCUACAACGAAGAGGCUAGGGAUCUGCUUGCCAGGGACCAAAACGCAAGGCUGGAAGUAGGUGACCUGUGCCCUCCGUUCAGACAAAGAGUGCAGACGGCAAGUUUUAUUGUAUGCACAUAUUUAUCUUUGUGUUUUGCCCCUGCCGCCAAGGUCAAGGAACGGCGUAAGCAGACGCAAAUGUGUGAACAAAACGACGUGCGUGCGGCUUUCCGAGAUGUAGCAUCAGCACAAACCACCGGCCCGACGAGCAGAUCAGUGCACAAAGUUUGCCGUGAAUGCACGCCUCACUGA